AUGGAGAAAAUUGCGGUUGUUUUGGUAAUAUUUUCAGCUGUGGCUCGACCAAAGGUAUCUGCAUCAGUUUUCUCCACAGACGAAGUGUUCAUCCGUAUCGUCCCAUCUUCAAGGCUUGCAAUUCCAAAGCUCGUAGCAGCAAACUUCCCGUUUGAUCCUCCAAUACUUGUCGAGGUUGUCAAUAAUCGAAGUGAACGGAUUACCACUGGAUCAAAUUCAGCUUUGAUUGUAUGGCCAGUUCUAUCCAAUUCAUCUCUGUGCAUAUCGAAUGAUUCAAGAUUCGUUUUGCAAAAUGGUCUAGGUUCAUUUUCUGGUUCUAUUUGCUCGUCAACUCCAGAGGUCAGUAUAACCUUUGCAGCAAGCACUGCCAAUGGCACUGCCAUUGUGUCAGAAGCAACACCGAACAUCACUGUCACCGGGGAAAUCCACAUAGCACAUUUUGUAAAAGGCGUGGCGAGUGGGAAUGAUGUUGCUCAAGUUUUGGUAGAAGGAGCUGUUUCGGAUAUCAAUGAAGGAAUUUCAAGAUAUUCGGAUGGUGGAUUUAUUUUACCUGGGCGCAAAAUUUUCAUCAGAAACUACAAUCAUGCUGGAAGCAGAGAUGAAUCAAUAAAUGCUUAUCGAAAAAUGAUAAAGGACCGCAAGGUUGAUCCUGCUUCGAGAGCGCAAACAAUAUUAGGCUUCAACAGUAACCUUGCCUCCAGAAUGCUUUUGCCAAUGGCAAUGAUUGAUCAGAUAUCUGUUUUGAGUUACGCCAAUGAUACGUUGUCAGAAUUCUCCGAUAAGGACAAGUAUCCUUAUUUCAGUCGCCUCACUUACAGCAAAUCCACAAGGUACCACGGGCUAAUUGUGUACCUCGUCAGCAGAAAAUGGCAAGACAUUAUCUUAGUGGAAACAGCCGAUUCAAAAAUUGGAAAGGAAUUUGCUGACCAGUGCAACAAAAGCCAAAUCCGAAUUCGCUAUCAGGUGACAUUUCCAGUUAUUGAAAACUUCAACCAAGAGCCGGCUGGGAAAUUUGCAAAGCAUUUUGCAAGAAUUAACUCUGUUGGUACAAAGAUCAUUGUGACUGUUGCUAAGAAACCAACCUCGUUUUACAUGUUUGCAGAAGCCAUGAGCCAAAAUAUAACGUCAAAAAACGGCUUUCAGUGGAUUGGUUUCGACUCGGAGGAGGAUUUUCCGCAUGCUAAUCAGCCGAAAAGAUGCCAUGAGAAUAUGAAACAGCUUUGCAAUUUCGCAUUCAAGGGGAUGACAUUUGUGUCGCCUUAUUACAACAUCAAUGGUUUUAGCUCACCUCAGUGGCAAAGCUUAUGGAAAAGGUACUUUGACGUUGACACUGAAAAUGAACAAAUGGAUGCGAUGACACUUUGGAAGAGUGGCGGUGCCGGGGGUCUUGCUUACGAUGCAGUUCACAUGUAUGCAUUUGCAAUCAGAAAACUGAUUGAUAUGAACAUGACUGUAACAGGCCCAGCCGUAGCAAAGACAAUCCGAUCCAUCCAAUUUUCAACUGGCAUGAUGUCGAAUCUUUCAAUGACCUCGAAUGGGGAACCAUCUAAGUUUUUAGGCAGAUUGUCGCUGGUCUGGCCGAAUCAAGACUCUUUUGAUCAUUUUCACGGUGGCAAAGUCCAAGCAGGUUUGAUUGAGCCAUGGGACUGGAGUCUUGCAAGGGUUCUGAGCAACCCUACAAAUGGUUUCUUCAUUAUUGAGCCCCCCGAAUCAAAUUAUUCCGUCGAGGUUAAAUCUGAUGGUGGGCCGCAUAUGGUGCAUACAAUUGACUGGAUGCAUGAUGCUGCGUUAAAAACUGGCUAUAUAAAGACUGGACCUACAUUUCGCAAUCUUAGAAGAUAUCGCUCAUUUCGUGGUCUAUUCUCUCUUGGUGACCAAGUGCAAGUAGAAGAGAGUUGGGAAUUUUCCCAACGUCACAAAAGAGAAAGAAUAUGGCUAGAAGAAAUUGAGAGGGAAGAAUUCAUCCUUUUGCCAUUUCGUUGUGAGUUGGGAUGCGGAGGAAACAAUAGUGAUCCAGAGGACUUCAACUUGUACGACAAUGGGUAUUGCGCAGGAGAAAACAUGUGCAUAUGUUUCAAAGAUUCAGUGGGCAAUGCAUUAUGGGAUUCUAAAACAUGCAGUAAUCCUGUAUGCAAAAGCGGAUGCAUCCAUGGAAACUGUUCAAGGCCUAAUCAUUGUCAAUGUGAAGCUGGAUGGCAGGCAACAGAUUGCAGCGUUCCCAUCUGUACUACCACAAGCUGCAGUCCCGAAGGAGGCUACUGCAUUGCACCAUCAGUAUGCUCGUGUAGAAAGAAUUUUUACGGCUACGGCUGCUCUAAAAAAUGUGCAUGUAAAUAUGGAAUGUGCAACUCAGGGCAGUUUGGUGAUGGAGCAUGCUUGUCGUGUGAUACUGGCUACGUUGGUGAAAAUUGCACAGUCAGUAUAUAUGCUGUCGUGUUUCCCAUGAUUAUAGGCCUGGCAUUACUUUCAGCUAUUAUGACGUCAUGCAUUAGCUGCUACAUGCGAAGAUCCAAAAUAAAGGCAGAGCUGCUUAACGAUGACUGGGUUGUGACGUGGUCUCAAGUCAAAAGAUCGGACAAACGAGCAGAGAGAAACAUGUUCUUCGGCAAAGACACUCUCAAUGAGUCACGUGCCAGGUCAAAGAGACUAAACACAGGGACUUGGAAAGGCAUUGAUGUAUACUUUCAGAAAUUCAACAAACCAUCGAUAAUGGCAACAGAUUCACUGCGACUAGAUGUGAAGAUUUUAAAAGUUCUGGAACACCAAAACCUCGUUCGUUUUGUUGGAGCUUGUCUUGCGUCACCCAACGUCGCUGUUUUAACAGAGCUAGCUGCCAAGGGAAGUUUGGACAACAUUCUCAAGAACAAAGAAAUAAAACUGCCCUGGAUUUUUAUGUACUCUUUGAUGAAGGACAUUUGCUGUGGAUUGGAGUAUCUUCAUCAAAGUGAAAUAGGAUCUCACGGACGGCUAAAAUCUUCUAAUUGUCUUAUUGACAGCAGGUGGACAUUAAAGCUAUCAGGAUUUGGUUUACGAAGUUUUCGUGAAGAGAGAGAAGAUCUUUCCAAAGUCAGCCUGGCAAAACGCAAUACAUUUCCCAUUGACAUUGAGGCAGCAGAAGAUGGCUAUUUUCACCUUCUAUGGACUGCUCCUGAAAUUCUGAAAACAGGUGUCCAAAAUUUGGACCAAGUUGGCUACGGCACAAAGGAAGGAGAUGUCUACAGCUUUGCUAUUGUAUCCUCGGAAAUUUGCACGCGCGAAAGCCCGUUUGAGAAGCUGUUUCUUACCAACAAAGAAAAGAUUGAACUAAUUGCUGGUAACACCACUCCUGCCAUCACCCGGAUUUGGAAUACUUACCUCGCAAGCAAGAAUACUGAGGCUGGCUCUCCAGUAAGGCCGUGUAUUGCACAGUCACAGUGGCCCGUAGAGCCAGAGCAAAGCAAGCCGUUGAGACUGUUGAUUGAUCGGUGCUGGACAAGUGAUCCUUCCCUGAGACCAAUCCCAAAGGAUGCACUAAAGAACCUCGAAAGAGUCGAUCCUGAUAACGGGCAGGCUAUGAACAAACUUGUUACCAUGCUUGAAAGAUACUCUAAUAAUUUAGAGGACAUUGUCAACGACAGAGCAAAGGCACUCAACCAAGAGAAGCAAAAGACAGAAAACCUUGUCUCGCGUUUAUUACCAAGGCCUAUAGUUGAGGACCUGAAACUUGGCAAGAACAUUGAAGCUGAAAAGUUUGAGUGUAUUUCGGUUCUCUUCAGUGACUUGGUUGACUUUCACACGAUCUCCGACCUCAGUAGUCCGUUUCAAGUUAUAGAGACACUCAACGACCUCUACAACCGCCUCGAUUCUGUUGUCAUGGGUUUUGAUGCGCACAAAAUCGAGACUGUCGGUUCCUCCUACAUGGUGGUAUCAGGCCUCCCUAUCCUGAAUGGCGACAGACAUGCAGAGGUGAUUUCCGACAUUGCCCUUGAGUUUAUAGAAGUAGCGAGAAGCAUGCGCAUUCGCCAUCUACCUGGAACUCAGCUGCGCCUUCGCAUUGGCAUCCACUCAGGCGACGCAGCUGCAGGAGUGGUUGGUCUGAGAGUGCCCCGCUAUUGUGUUUUUGGUGGUACAGUCAACAUUGCGUCCAACAUGGAAGCGACGUGUGAACCAAUGAGGAUUCAGUUGACAAAUGACUCAAUGCAGCUGAUUAGAAAUUCUGGAAACUUCAAAGUUGAGUUCCGUGGUGGUUUUGAUUAUAAGGAUUGUGGCUACAUCGAAUCAUGGUGGCUGAUUGGCAGAACAUCAAAUCCUGAUGAGGAAAAUUAGAGCGAAAAUUAUAUGCCCUAAAGGCCUACAAAUUCCUUGUAGCUGUAACUUUAUAGAAAAAAGCGUAUAGAAAAAAAGAUAAAAAAACCUAGUUUCUUUGACAAAUACAGCCUCGAAUCGUGUAAUUAACUAGCAUUUAUAUAAAUUUCUGCAAACAUCUCCACGUUUUUCAGUUGUUUUCAUUUUCUUAUGACCAUAUGAUCAUAAUUUAAGCCAUAUCUAGAAAAUCAUUCUGUGUUACCUUCACAGACAUUUCUGCGAUGGACACAUGUGCUGCGAUUUCUCUUAAGAAAAUUUUGAUAAUAGAUGUUUUCUCUGUUAAGAUUACAUAUUUCUGCAUUAAGCAGAAUGCUACAUUUUUUAGUUAACAUUUGCUGUCAAUACAUAACUCCAUAGAAAACCAGCAAUUGAAUAAUUUAUUUUGUUAAAAGCAGACUUCGCUAAUCCAUUUUCAAAUAGGUUUCGGUUGAUAUUCUGGAAAUGUACCACCAGUUCUGCGAUAUAAAUUAGCAUUUGAAGUAAUUUGCCCAGCCUUGGUUUGGAUGUUGGCCUAACCCAAAGUUGAUUGUCACUCUGUUUGACGCAUGCAGGUUUUCGCAUUUGAUAUCGUUUACUUAUGAUCAAUAAUUGACAUCAUGAAUUUUAAAUUUCUGAAUUGUGCUGAAUUCCUGCAGUUGGGUUGUUUAAUCUUUAAUAAACAGAUUUUCGUGUGAAUGUAAUUGAGAGUAGCAACAGAGCAGUCCAAGGACGGCAAGAUGCAGAGCUCCAACGAUCCAACUUUUUUCGGAACAAAUCACAUCAAAAAUGGUAACACAAACAAUGAUCAAACAAAUGAAUUGCUUAACGAAAUAAGAGACGAUAUGCCAGCAUGGAAGAAGGCACUGCUUAGCAAAAAGAACACGGAUAUUCUGGCGCAGGAACAAAGAAAGAAGGAAAAGGAAGAAGCUGAAAUGCAGAAGUAUGCGAAUUUGCCGCAAUGGAAGGCAGAAAUACUAAAAAGAAAAGAGGAAGACAAACGGAAACAAGAUGAUAUCGAAAAACAAAAGGCAGUUGAAAGAGAGCAAGAAGUGCAAAAGUUUAAAAUGAAACCAUCUUGGCAGCAAGAGCUGAUCAAGCGAAGAAAUUCUUAUCAAAACACAGUUUAAGAUGGCUCAAUGUUUUCAGGCAGUUCAAAACCUGAACGAUGCAUAUAGAUUGCUUUUAAACUCACACUCUUUUAUUGAAAUUGCACUUUUUCAAAAGAAGUA